ACACUUAGGGAACUAUAGUGAACAGUUCAUCAGAAACGUCCUGUAUCAUGAAUUUCCCUUUGUGUUGUGUGUUGGACUUAUGCACAGACACAAAGGCUACGCCAAAACCCAGGUCACCGUACUGGCAUAAAAAAAACUGCAAUCACAGGGCUACCGCUACAUUAAGGAACCACCUUUACCAGUAUAGGAUCUAUUUGGAUGAACUUUAAUCAAGUGUGUUAAUGUCAUGAAACCUAGAGCUUGAACCCUAAUGACUGUGGAAAGUCCAGGAAUAAAAAGCUCUAUAGCUCCAGCAUUACAAAAUAGCUACAUAAUUACUCGCAUUGCUCUAGUAAGCUCUCUGUGGCAUGUAAUCUUCCUGUAUAUCUUCUACAACAUAUGCUGAGUAAGUGUAAAAAAAAAGUGGGCUGGACUUGGGAAACACCGAAUGAACUCAGAUAAGCUGCAUUAAAGUAACCUGGCAAUUCCCAAUAGCUUAUAAGCGUCGAUUCAGUGGAGUGAGUGAAUCUUCACCUGAAUUAGGUUUUGUUUGUUGACUGAAUUUUGUUGCAGCACUUUAAAAAAAAAAAAAAGCUAUGAAGGUGCUGAGCAAGGAGGAGCUGAAGAAAGCUGAGGAAGCUCUCAGACAUUACUUUCCCCAGUCACAGCAGGUAUACGGCUUUGUUUUUCUGAUGAAUCGAGUUGAAGCCAGUCCCACAGAUGUGCUGGUGGAUCGCUGGCCUGAUUUUAACGUCCUAUUCAUCAGACCACAAAGGCAGGAGAAAGCAGACCUUUUCAAAGACAUGUCCGUUUUUGCCAAGGAUGACCGAUCCCUCAGGAGCGUACUGAUCAGGACAGACAUUUUUGACUGGAAGCAGUUCUUCUGUCUAAGUGUCGACGUGAGCCACAUGGACCUGAUAAGAAGUACAGCUGUGAACAAAGGGGUGCAGAAUAUUAAAAACCACAUGUGCCACAUGAUGAAGCUCAAAGAUCCUUCUAAACUUACCACGGAAAGGUUCUCCUUAACAGUGUCUUCGCUGGACAAGUCGCACGUUGCUCUGGUCAAUAGCACCUGGAAAUUUGGCUGCGGUGAAUUAAGUGAGCGGUUCAUCAGGGAAAUGAUCGUGAACUUUCCUUCGUGUUGCCUGCUGGAUUCUGAGGGGCGACCGGUGUCCUGGAUCUUGACCUAUGCUUCCUGUGCGAUGGGAAUGCUGUACACAUUGCCAGAGCACAGACAGAAAGGCUACGCCAAAGCCCUGGUCACCAUAUUGGCAAAGAAACUACAUUCAGACGGCUACCCGGUCUACUGCUUCAUUGAGUUGGAGAACCAACCAUCGUACAGGCUCUUUACCACUUUAGGUUUCACCUCAGAUCCAUCUUACAGGGCUACUUGGUUUGUAUGUGAUCAGUAAAAACCACCUCGUUUAUAGAGAUAUUUGUUGGAUGAAAAUUUGGUGAUAUCACAUUAUUGUUUUAAUCAUUGAGACAUAUUGUUUUAGAAAGGCUGCUGUUGAGCUCUCACACAAACUGACCACAGAUUUCACACCUUUUCUUUAUUCUGAUGUUUGGUUUGAACAUUACCUGAAGCUCUUGAUAUGGACCUGCAUUAUUUGGCUGAUUAGAUUACCGUAGAAUUGAGCAGCUGGGCAGCGAGUGUAUUUAUCAUUUACACACAAAAGUAAUAUUUUAUUUAUUCAACCAACUUAAAUAUCCUGUGAGAGUCCUGUGCAUGUCCAAUUUUUUUCUUUUCUUAGAUUUCUUCUACUGGUACAUUUCAGAGAGAGACAUAUGACUGAUCUGGUAAGUCUUAUUGCAGUGUGUCUUGUACUCCCUAGUGUGCUGUGGACCAUUCACUUUAUGUAGACACAUGUCCUUCUAAAUGUUAUGUCAUGGCCCUAGUUACAAAACACUCUUUAUUUUAAUUCUUUAUUGAUUAUUUUCAAAGCAUCUUUGCUUUACGACAUUUACAAAACUUACUGUAUUUUUGUUCUCUGUUUCAUAUCAAACCAUUAGCUAUUCACCUUUUUUUACCGUGGGGUAAAUAAAUAUUCACAAUUCAUAUGAAAUUUUUCAUACCAAAAAGCUGCAUUAUGGAGGAAAAGGCAUGUUGAAGCUUGUUUGAACAUUUGGGAAAGUCUGUGAGUUAUUGGUAGAAUGGAGGCUGUAGUGGUGGACUGCAUCUUUUGUUGGUUUCUUGGUGAUUUCUUGGUCAGAAUGGUGAAUGGUGGCGUGAUGUUUAUUCCACUGGCUUACAUUUGCCUCACACCUCCAGGUUUGGGGGAUGGAUCCCUGCCUCCAGGAUGUGUGUGUGGAGCUUGUAUGCUCUCCCAUGCCUCAGGGGCUUCUUCCAGUUUCUUCCCCACUCCAAAGACAAUGCAUUAUAGGCUGUUUGGCGUCUCUACAUUGUCUCUAGUGUGUUUAUCGGUGUGUGUGUGUGUGAUUGUGGGAUAGCGUCCAGGUUCCCCAUGACCCAGUAGGAUAACUCAUGUAGAGAAUGUUUGGAUGAAUAAAUCCAGCACAUAUUUCCUGAUACAUUUAAUACUUAAGUUUACUGUUAAAUAAAUGUAUUUUAAUUCAGUUUUUAAAGGUAUACAAAAAAGUGUAUAGGUUUGAAUAUUAUUGCUUAAGCCUGUGACAGAGAUGAUAGUAAUAUGCUGACAAGAAUACAGUCCAUGCAAACUAAUAACUUGCUAGAUUAAACAUGGUAAAUAGUUAAAAUAUUUCUAGAGGGGAAAAAAACAGUUAUUGCAGUUGCUGAGAAGGCUGAACCAAAUCCGUGCUGAGUGAUCGGAUUUCUACAGGCAGGUAUUCUCUCGGAUGUCGUUUAACCAGGCCUAUUCCCACAUGUUUAGUUGGCACACAUGACACUUCAGGGAAGACGUAAAAGUAUAAAAGUUAGCUUGCAUUAACAUCAGCAAUAUAUACAGUGAUCGACAAGAAAAAAAGACAGUGUGUGAGCAUUAUGUGCAUUUAAAUUACAAUACUAACUAACCAAUGCACAUUCGCAACAAAACCUUUUCUGCAGGAUGUCCUUGCCAUCUCAGCAGUGAAAAUAUAAUUCACACCACCAACAACCAAUAGCGUGUGAGAAGAUAAAGUGUAAUUAUUAAGUUUAUACCAUAUCAUGACUAUUACUCAUGCAGGAUAAGCCGUGUGGUGUGUUUAAGUUUUUUGUGGCACGUUUAAUUCUAGACUAAAUUAAAAUAUAUCGUGUGAGUCUGUUAUUCAUUAUAUCCUGGGUUUGUUGUAAAGGCUAAAGGACAGGGGUCCUUUAAUCCUCCCAUCUCUGUCUUUUCUUUAUUUAAUAGAGUAUGGAAUGUAAUAUGGAAUUUUCUUCUGAUAGUAUUGUGAACACUUGAUAAGACUAUAUAAUGAGGAUGAAGUUUCCUACCUAAUUAGGUUUCCUACCUAAGCCUUGCCUUGAUCAGUCUUGAAACCUGACUGAUGUACAUGUUGUUGCUUGCUUUGUUGUGUUGACUGACAGCAAACUUUAGGGCAUUCUGGACUUCAUCUAUGUUUACGUCCACAUCCAUCACAGCUCCUGGUAUGCCUGAACUGUUUACAGUCAUGAUGACCACCAAAAGUGGAAAUACAACUUUCAGAGACAUGAUUUCCUUUUAGAGCCAGAACAGAGCAAAACAGCCGCAGCCUUGAACAGUACAGAGGAAAAUCCUGUUAUAUAAACAGCUGAUUUGGUGGGAGAGGCCUGUGUUCAAUCACGUGACAAGAAAUCUAACGUCAUCAGAUUUCAUGUUGAAAUGGUGGAACAAAUAAUUUUUUAUAUUUUUUAUUUUAAUAUUUUUAUUAUUUUAUGCUAUAUUCCCUAUACACAAAGGAAAACACAGAACUAUGAACUAUAUACUGCAAGAUUAGGAUCUCAGGACAGUCCUGGGAUUUUACGAGGACAGAAUCAAAACAAUUGGGUGGGGUUUUUUUGUGGAAAUGCCUCUCUUGGAAAUCACUUGAUAUAUUUAUUACAUUUGUAACUGACAUUCACCAGACAACAUGCUAAUUUAAACCGCAUAAUUUGUUUUAAUGAUUGUAUUCCCAUAGUUGUAGGUAUAUUUUCUUAAGCAAUGCACGUCUGAGCAGGUUAAGCUGAGAUGGUUAAGCAGGUUAUGAUGCAAUAGUUUGAGUAGCUAAUAAGUCAUCGACCAACCCGAUUCACAGAGGAAACAUUAUAUAUUUGAGUUAAGCCAACUAUCUAUUAAAUUAUUUAUUGAACUGUAUUGAUAAACAACACUGAGCCUUGUGUGAUACUGUACAUUAUAUGAUGUGGAAGACAAUUUUCAUUGUGCUGAUGACUGCUUAAACAGAUUGGUAUGUAUGGCACGCAACAAGUCGAAUUUAAACAGAAAUGCAGCCAGGUGGAGUGGGUAGUGAAUUGGUCUUCAGCACACUUGCCUCAGAACUUCAGGUUUUUAGGACCAGAUCCCUUACCUGUGCCAUGUGUGUGGAGCAUGUAUGCUCUCAUGCCCCAGGGGUGUCCUCUGAUUGCAUUUUAGGUUGAUUGGUAUCUCUAAAUUGCCCGUAGCGUGUUAAUCGGUGUGUGAGUGUGUGUGCUUUUGGGAUAGGCUCAAUGUUCCCCAUGACCCAGUAUGAAUUUCUUGUGUAGAGUUGGUUGGAUGAAUAAAUACAGCACACAUUUUUGAUGCAUUUAAUACUUAAGCAUUCUCUUGCUCAAUUUUUUUAUUCAGUUUUUAAAAGUAUACAAAAAGUGCAUAUAUUUGAAUGUUAUUGCUUAAGCUUGUGACAGUAAAAACAUUCUUAUAGUAAUAU